GUACGUGGGAUGGUGCUACAAGAACUGAUUUCACACUCAUCGGGGGAAUGAUCCUUUAAGAACAGAGUGGAUCGGUGAUCCUUUUUCAGGGAAUUCAAAUUGAAGACAUUGAUGAUCCAUUGGUAGUUGAAUUAUUGGUUCUGCACGAGGCUAUCCAGUGGUGUCUGGACAGUGGUCUCGCGCAGGUGCAGUUCGAAGGGGACGUAAAGGUGGUCAUCGAUAAGGUCAACCAACCAGGAUAAUCUCUUUGACGCCAUUCUGGAGGAAGUUCGCUCUUUGCUAGGCAAUCAUAAUGGUCUUACUGUACGAUUUGUAGGUCGGAAUAGCAAUAGGGUAGCCCACUUGGUGGUUAGAAAAGCCUUUUCUUUGUAUCCGGCUACAUGUCGUUAUUUUGAUUUUAUAUCCUGGUUAUAUACUAGAGUGUAAUGUGUGGAUUUUUUUUCAAUCACUACAAAAUUAUCCUUUGUCAAAAAAAAUUGUUAUUGGAUAAUUUCUCAACCAAGCACAAAUGACUAAGUCAAUGAUUUUUCUCAUUUGCUAAUAUAAAUAAUAAUACAUAUGCCUUAAGUAAAAAAAAAAAAUCAUUCAAUCAAUUAAGAAAUAUUGACUCUUGGUCAAACUUAUUGUAAAAUUUGGAUGAAAGUUCCCAACAUUUAUCAUGUCAAUUAAUAAUGGUUUAAUUAUCCAAUUUCGACUCAUGUCCUCGAUCGGAAGUGUGUCAGUCUGAGUGUAGUAUCUUGUGUCAAAAUUUAUGAACCAACACACUUAAAUCAUUAUCUUAUAUAAUAUGCAUGAUCAAUAAUUUUCAAAUUUUUUUAAAUCUAUAAUUUUUAGAGACAUCCAAGUACACUAAAUUCGUGUUCCACCAAAUUCCAAAUCACAAGAUAUUUUCUUAAAAACAUUUGACUCGCCUAUUAAGUUACACGCUCGAGUUUAUGGCAAGAUGAUUUUGUCACCAAAAUUCGAUAAUAAGGUCAAAAUUCAGCCAUAUAAACUCUUACGGGUCGUUUGGAUGGAUCAAUUGUAAAACGAGACAAUUUGACCAAUUGUUUCAUUUUACAAAACGAGUCAUUUAAAACGAGUCAAUUCAGAUUACCUGCCCCCACCCCAGACAAUUGUAAUUGGCUCAAAAUGAGUCAAUUCAGAAUUCCCCCGCCUAAAUUGCUUCAUCCAAAUUUUCUGCUGCCAAACGGAUCAAUGUAGCACAAUUGACUCAAAAUGAGACAAUUGUGUCAGAUUGAUCCAUUAGAAUUCCUCAUCCAAACCAACCCUUACCUACCUUUCCUCGAGAAAGGCUUAAUUAAAUAGUUUGAUUGCUGCAUUUCUACACCAUCAAAAGAAGCCUCAUCGCAUGCUUCCACAGUUCCACUCAAGAUUUUUAGUCUACUUCUUCAGCCUAACCAUCAUUUGUUUUAUCCGCCUUUUCUCUCUUCCCCAUCAUUUCGCCCUCGGAAUGAAUCUGGUUUGGGGCAGACAGCGAUCCCAAAAACUCUCAUUAAAGUAUCAUCCGCCUCUUCAAAGGUGUACGGCCCUGAAACUGCUUCGCCACAAAAGAAAACCAAAAGGAAAAAAGAAAGAGAAAUUGAACAGAAAGUCCCCGUCUUUUAAAAUUCUCGAAUCGGUCCAAAAAACCGUCUCUCGGUGCAAAGCUCUCUCCUUUUCCAGAUGUGCGUGUGGAGUGAGUGUGCUGCACACUGCCCAUAUAUCUAGCUAGCAAAAAGAUCUGGCAGCAAAAGGUGAAGCAGAAAACCCAGAAAGAGAUGCCAAACAUAAUAGUGAAAGGAGGGAGCCGGCCGCCAUGGGUGGGAUUAGCUGCUGCUGUGUGGGUCGAGGUAGCUGCUGGGAAUGGCUACACGUUCCCUCUCUACUCUCCUGCGCUGAAAGCUGUGAUGGGUCUCAAUCAGCAGCAGAUUACGAUAUUGGGUGUUGCUAAUGAUAUUGGGGAGAGUGUUGGUUUGCUCCCUGGCAUCGCCUGCAACAAGUUCCCUCCAUGGGCUGUUCUAUUUGUUGGCGUCGUUAUGUGUUUCUUGGGAUACGGAGUUCUCUGGCUUACAGUUAGCCAGACUGUUGUUGGCUUGCCUUACUGGCUGGUAUGGAUUGCGCUAGUUAUUGGAACAAAUAGCAAUGCAUGGUUCGGGACAUCUGUUCUCGUAACUAAUAUGAGAAACUUCCCCCUCAGCAGGGGCACUGUCUCUGGUAUACUUAAAGGCUACGUUGGGCUCUCUGCUGCAGUUUACACAGUGAUAUACAACAUGGUGCUCAAGGAUUCUGCAUCCAAUUUCCUAUUGUUCUUAACCCUUGGCAUCCCAGUUACAUGUUUACUGAUGAUGUAUUUCAUCCGGGUGUGUACUCCAGCUUCUGGAGAAGACUCUUCAGUGCAUGUCCAUUUUCUUUUCACUCAGGCUGCCAGUGUUCUGCUUGCCAUUUACCUUCUGACAACCACAAUAGUGACUGAUGUGUUCUCUCUUGGAAAUGCUGCUUGCUAUACAUUGGUUGCAAUCAUGGUGGUUCUCAUGAUUUCUCCCCUUGGGAUUCCUGUCAAAAUGACACUCUUUCCAGCCAAGAAACGGAGCUCACCAACUUCUGCUUCAAAUCUUGCUGCUGCACCAGUUGCUGUUGAAGGUGACUCAAUCCCCCCAACCGAGCAGCCUUUGUUGGUUCAAUCAUCAUCAGCAGCUUAUCUCGGGAGUUUCCUUGAGAAUGAGGAUGCUUCAGAUGUUGAAACACUUCUUGCUGUUGGAGAGGGAGCUGUGAAGAAGAAAAGGAGACCCAAGAGAGGCGACGACUUCAAAUUCCGUGAGGCUGCAGUAAAAGCUGACUUCUGGCUUCUUUGGAUGGUAUACUUUCUUGGAGUUGGUUCAGGAAUUACUGUCCUCAAUAACUUGGCCCAGAUUGGGAUCGCCUUUGGACUUAAUGAUACAACAAUGUUGCUUGCCAUCUUCAGCUUCUGUAACUUUGUUGGACGCCUUGGAUCUGGCGUUGUCUCUGAGUACUUUGUCAGGUCAAGCUCGACCCCGAGGUCUGUGUGGAUGACAGUAGCGGAAACAAUCAUGGUCAUAAUUUUUAUUCUCUUUGGUCUUGGUGUUGAUGGCAUGCUGUAUGUGGCAACUGCUCUGAUUGGUGUCUGUUACGGAAUUCUAUACUCUGUUAUGGUCCCAACCGUUUCUGAGCUCUUCGGCCUGAAACAUUUUGGCGUCAUUUACAACUUCGUGCUACUGGGAAAUCCUGUUGGGGCUCUUCUCUUCUCAGGAGGACUUGCUGGGACUAUGUAUGAUAUUGAAGCUUCUAAGCAAGGAAGCUCCACCUGUGUAGGCCAUGAAUGCUUUAGGGUGACAUUCCUAUUUCUAGCUGCCAUCUGUGGUUUGGGCACUCUCUUGAGCAUCAUCUUAACUAUCAGAAUAAGGCCUGUUUACCAAAUGCUUUAUUCGGGGGGCUCUUUCCGUUUACCUCAGACUUCAGGCCACUGAUGAGCAGCGGAUAUAUAUUGUAUUGCUUCAGAGUAAGAGCAAGCUUGUUUUGAAAAGACUUGUCCUAGACAAGCCAUUUAGUAGUAUACACAUUAUAUAGGAGUUCUUACAUUUGCAGGUAAGAGUUUGUGAAACACUGUUGUUAAUUGGAGGUUGCCAAAUGUUGUAUGAAAUGACCUUAAAUAGUGAAGGAUCGUGAGGUUGAUGAAGUAUGGAAGCUAGAUGCUCCCAGAUUCUAUAUUGAGAAAUAAGAUUGUUUUCCUAUGCUAUAUGGUUAAAUUCUCGUGAUUUCUUGUUUUUUGGAUUAGCUGUUCUUGCCAGUCGCAUGGCAGUUUGAUACCCUUCAAAAUCACUUUGACGGACUAUAAUCAUGGCAAUUUACAGUAUGAUAAACUUUUUCUGGGAAGUGUCAGGGCUUGGAGCUUUGAACAGAUACGCAAGAAGGCUACUCCGCCAGGGGAGAGGGCGAUCUUAGCUGCAAUGAACCCUAACCUUCAGAAUCCUUCACUCAUGCUGAUUGUGCAGCACUACAACCUGUCAAACCCUGUGGCUGUGAGAUUUUUUAGUUCCUCAUUUCUUGUAUGAUAUUUUGUAGCCAACAUGGAAAGGAAGUUGUUUUAACAUUCUUCGUUGUUGUUCUUGUUGUUAUGAUGAUGAUGAUGAUGAUGAUGCAUAUGAUCGUAUGUGUCGGUUGAGUUUGUCAACAAGUAUCUGAGCCCAUUGCAGCAAGAUGAAAGUGAGAGAUUCCAUCAGCAGCAGAGGAAGAGAGUGGGUGAUUCAAUUCUCUUGGACAGACAGCAGUGGCUUGAAUCUGGAACUGGAAUGGGAUGCUUUCACAGACGAUAAUGAGUUGGAGCCAGAAGACAUUUGUCUGAUUGAGCUAGUCAGGCCUGCAGAUUGCAUCAUGAAAUUCCACAUCUUACGAGCAUCCUUUUAUGGUUAGAAAAUCUAGGAAUUCCCUGAGUGAUGAUCGACAUGUAAUAAGCUCGAAAACUUGGAUUGCUGUUGUUUGUAUAAUGGUUAAGGUAGCCUUACGGUAUGAGUGUGCAAUUCGAACCUGUUGCAGGCUUCCACUACAGGUUUUGUGCUGUUACCCUAAUGUACAAGAUCAUGUUUGAAAAAAGGUCUAUAACAUUA